AUGGGCGUGUUCAAAUCGCGGCUCGAGAAAGCCAAAGGAGUCAAUCUUGCUGAUUAUAAUGCACUGUAUCAGUGGUCGAUAAAGAAUCGCUCCGAGUUCUGGAGCUUUGUGUGGGAACAGCUGCCGCUCAUUCAUGAAGGACAGUAUGAGGUUGCAGUCGACGAAUCCAUUCCAAUUCAGAAGAACCCAGACUGGUUCAAUGGUGUUCGACUGAACUUUACAGAGAACAUUCUAUUCAGCCCGGGAAGCUCGGCGGGUUCUCGGUCGACAGCUGGCAAAGAAGAUUCCAAGGUUGCCAUUCACGAGGUUGUCGAAAGCAACAUCCAGCCAGCUAGAGAUGUGACUUGGAAAGAACUAAGACAGAACGUUGGACAGUUCACGCAGGCUCUCAAAGCAACUGGUGUGCAAAAGGGAGACCGCGUGGCUGUUGUAGCUAGCAACAGCGUGGAAUGCCUGAUCCUGUUUCUCGCCACGGCGAGCUUGGGAGCGUUGAUCUCGACGACCUCGUCAGACACUGGGUCGCGAGGAAUACUGGAUAGACUGACCCAAAUCAAGCCUCGAUGGCUGUUCAUGGAAGAUGCCGCAAUCUACAAGGGCGAGGUGAUCGAUCUCCGGUCCAAGAUUGCACAAGUUGUCCAGGGGAUGCACGCUGUUUCCGAGUUUCAGGGCGCAGUUGCAAUCCCCCGAUUCAGGGGUCGACCAAAUGAUGUGGCUGGCGUGCCUCGGACUCAGACUCUGGACAGCUUCCUGGCCAAGGCGCAGUCUGAUGAGCUGGAAUUCGUCCGCGUUGGCUUUCGCGACCCGUUUCUAAUCGUAUACUCAUCCGGAACCACAGGCCAGCCGAAGUGCAUUGUUCACUCUACAGGUGGUGUCCUGAUUACUACGGGUAAAGAAGGGAGGCUGCACCAGAACGUGGAUUCUCAGAGCACAAUUCUACAGUAUACGACUACGGGGUGGAUUAUGUACCUCAUGUGUGUGGCCAGUUUGGUCACAGGGGCCAAAGUCAUUUUGUACGAUGGCAGCCCGUUUGCGCCAGAUGCUCGCUUUCUCAUCCAAUUGAUUGGUCGUCAGCGAGCAACCCAUUUCGGAACAUCUCCACGCUAUCUGCAGGAACUGAGAAAGCAGAAAAUCACUCCCCGAAAUACAGCAGAUCUGAGCAAUCUCCGCAUUGUGACGUGCACCGGUAUGGUGCUGGCCGAUUCUCUCUUUGAAUGGUUCUAUGACGACGGAUUUCCGUCCCACGUCCAGCUGGCAAACAUCUCUGGAGGGACUGAUCUGGCAGGCUGCUUUGGUAUUGAGAACCCAUUGAGUCCGCUGUAUGUGGGUGGCUGCCAGGGAAUCUCUCUGGGUAUUCCCCUUGAAGUGUUUGAUCAAGUAGACGAAGGCCUGCAGGGUGUUGAUGGCAAGGCUGUGUCGAAUGGCGAGGCUGGUGAGCUGGUUGCUACUGGUGCGUUUCCCAGUAUGCCAGUUACUUUCUGGGGCGACGAUGGACCAAAGAAGUAUUAUGAUGCAUACUUUGCAAGGUUCAACAAUGCAUGGACACACGGCGACUUCAUCGCUAUUCAUCCCACUACCAACCAAGUCACCUUCCUUGGCCGAUCCGACGGCGUCCUCAACCCAUCCGGCAUCCGAUUUGGAUCGGCUGAAAUAUACAACGUUAUCGAGACGCAGUUUGCCAGCGAGGUAGUGGAAUCGGUCUGCGUCGGACAGAGACGCCCGCAAGAUCUCGACGAGUCAGUGAUUUUGUUUCUAAUGAUGAAACCGGGACAGCAAUAUACUCAAAACCUCGUGGAGCGGAUCAGAGCGGCAAUUGGCAAGGCUCUUAGUCGGCGGCAUGUGCCCAAGUAUAUUUUUGAGACGCCUGAGAUACCGACAACCGUCAACGGGAAAAAGGUUGAGCUACCGGUUAAACAGAUUGUGUCGGGGAAACGGAUUAAACCAUCAGGAACACUGGCGAACCCGCAGAGCCUGGAGUUUUACUACCGGUUUGCAGAGGUGGAGAAGCUGGGUGGCAGACCAACAAAGCUGUGA